UCCCAGCAGUCGUUAAUCAACGAUCGCCUGAUAGAGUUUUCAAAUCUUCAUUUUACGCUUAUAUAAAUAUUUAUACGUUAUAUUAUUAUUUUGUGAUUCAAUUUUUAAAAUGAAUUUGGUUUUUUUAUUUUUUAUAAACUUAUUUUGUGCAACCACAGCCUCUGGUCCCAUUGCUGAAACUUCGUUCGGACCAGUAUUGGGAAAAUGGAUGAAAAGUCACUGGGGGUACAGAAUCGCUGCCUAUCUCGGUAUCCCUUAUGCUGAACCACCACUUGGUAUUCUUCGUUUUGAGACCCCAGUUCCAUGGGUAAAUAACUGGACAAAACUUCGCGACGCGACGGAAGAUGGACCUAUGUGUCCGCAAUUGAAUCGUUUUGGAGAAUUUGUAGGAGACGAGGACUGCCUGCAUCUCAACAUUUUUGUACCUGAGCUUUACAGUUCUGAAAAAUUGCCCGUUUUGGUGUUUGUUCACGGGGGUGCUUUCGUAACUGGGAGUAAUAACAGCACUCUGUUAUCGCCAAGUUAUCUAUUAGAUCGUAAAUUAAUCCUUGUAACUGUUAAUUAUCGUCUCGGCAUACUAGGGUUUCUAAGCAGCGGGAAUGAGGCUUCUCCGGGUAACUACGGUAUAAAAGACGUGCUUGAAGCUUUAAAGUGGAUACAAGAGAAUAUCGAGCACUUUGGUGGUGAUCCAACUUCGGUAACAUUGAGCGGACAGAGUGCUGGUGCUUCACUGGCUCACCAUUUAGGACUUUCUAAGCGGACCGAAGGCCUCUUUGACAAGCUUAUCACUCACUCUGGAGUAGCGAACGCUCCUUGGGGGGUCCACCCUUCGCACCACGCCAAAACCCGGUACACAUUUGUCGCUUUAGCCGGUCAAGUCGGCUGCGGUCCUCCACGGAAAGCCUCCGACUUUGACUACGCCUUCGGCGAGUGGCAGGACAACGAAAAUAUCACGGAAAGUGAUGAAGACAUUAUUGACUGUCUGAGACAAGUCGACCCCAAACGUCUCACUUUACAACUUAGUUUCUUCCAAGUAUGGAACGGGCAUUCAUACUGUAACUUCGGUCCGACAAUUGAAAGUGAUUCUGAAGAUGCUAUUGUCAUACGACAUCCGCUGUCUACUAUUGAGCGCGGAGAAUUCCGUGAUAUUCCUUGGAUCUCUGGAGUCGUGUCUGAUGAAGGUUUACUUAAAUCAAUGAGUUUAUUGGCUAACUCGCAAUCGCUCGAUGAAUUCGAAAGCAAGUUUGAGGAUGUGGUAUCACUGUAUCUCGAAACCGAGGAGAUUGUUAUGAACGAAACGGUAUUCUCUGAAGAACUGAUGAACUUUUAUUCUCUGUUUGAUGGUAAUAUCUCGGAAGAGGCGUCCAAUAUAAAUUUAACCGCGAUGACAAGUGAUGGAUUAAUGAAUUAUUGGAUUUAUGAAGCUUUGAAUGCUCAAGCUAUGAAAAUGAAUUCGAGUGUUUUUUUCUAUGAAUUUGCAUACGAGGGAACUUUUACUUCAACUUAUUCAUACCAAUACCCCCAGCGAUAUGGAAUUGGACAUGCUGACGAUUUGAAUUAUUUGUUUCCAAUAAGUAAUGUUAGAUACCUCGACCUGCAGUUGCAUAAUACAGCUAGUGAUGAAACAAUGAUCAAUAUAAUGACCGAAAUGUGGGCAAAUUUUGUGAGAACAGGAAUACCUCGAGCGCGGCUAACACCAGAUUGGGAACCGUAUCAAGAGGAUUUCCGAUUCAUGAAGCUCGGCAUGGGAAGAUCGCCGGUUAUUUCGAUGGAGGAGGACUUCCUGCCGAUUAGAAUGGAGUUCUGGCGCAAUCUCAUGAGUAAUGUAUCGGCACCCAUGGAACUCAUUUUCCCUACUCGAGAAGAAGAUCAAGACGAAGAUCUCGACGAGAUUCUUGAGGAAGAAACUGAUCAAACUGAUCAAUCAAACAUAAAUCUGUUGAACCCCUUCCUCAUGCUCUUGCCGAUUUCGAUUUGCUCUCUGUACUUCGUACAUUGUUAAUGUUAGACACCGCAGUUGUUAUUUUCUUUUAAGAUGUUAACUGUUGAUAUUUAUUUUACUUUAAUUAAUCUGUUGACGUUAUUAUGUACAAUAAAGCAUGCUCUAGCGAAGAGUUA